AUGAAAUCUAAUCAUUAUCAAAAUAUUUUAAUAGUAUUGUUGAUUUUCUUAACAGGUUUAAAUCAAACUGAUCAACCAUCAUCGGAUCAUCAAUUAACAAAAUAUUUAAAUAUAACAUGUACUGAUUCGAAAUCAAUAGAAAAACAUCAUAAUUUAUCACCUCAAUCAACAAUUCAAUCAUUGGAUAUCACUAUAAAUGAAUCCAAAAAUUCACCAAAAUCAGAUAUAAAAUGUUCUAAUGAUAAAUUAAAACAAGAUUUCUCUCAAAUAAAAUUAUUAUCUAAUUCAUUUAAUACUAUCAUUAAUGAUAAGGAAAAUUUAAAUUAUUAUCAUCAAUAUAAUAAUAGUAAUAAUAAUAAUAUGAAUAUGAAUAAAUGUUUCGAUGUAACUGAUUGUUAUCAAUCCCAAGAAACUGAUCAUUUUUCAGAUUCAUUCAAUAGUUCCACUUCUUGUACAUCAACAUCUCAUUAUAUUCAAAUUCAAGAAGAUGGUAUAGAUAAUACUGAUAAAGAAGAACUUGAAAUUCGUCGUAAACGACGUAAACAAAUAUUACCACAACAGAAUUUUCAUUUUACUCCAGUUAUAACUAAUAAUAUGGAUGAUUUGAUGGAAAUUAAUGACAUAUCAAACGAAAAUGAUAUGACCAGAUUCAUAGAUUAUGAACUAGAUGACAGUGUAAGUUAUCAACCAAAAAUAAGAAAAUUAUCUAAAUCUUCAUCAAAAAACGAAGUGGAGCAUUUAGAAACUGAAGAAUUAGAAGAAGUAAAAGAAAAAGAACAUACAGAAGGGAAUAUAGAGAAUAAAGAUGUAGAAAUGAAUUCAGAUGUUCAAAUGAUUAACGCUGAUGAUGACCAUAUACUUAAUCAAACAGAUAAAUUAUUCAAUAAAAGUUUCUCUCCUACUAUUAACAUAAAUUCAGAAUAUAAUAAAUUAAUUAGUGAAUUAAGUCAAUAUGCUGUAGAAGCAUUUCGUCGAAGUUUAACAAAUCAAUCAACUAAAGUACAAAAAGGUUUAGAUAAUGAAAUGAAUAGAAACAAUUGUAGCGGUGAUAUCGAUGGCGGUAACACCACUACUACUGCUAUUAAUAAUAAUAAUAAUAACACAGAAGAAAGAAUUAUUGAACAAACAUUAUUAAAACUUGAACCACAUAUAUCUGAAUUAGUCGGUCAAUCAUUAAGAACAAGUAUUGAAACAAUAAAAAACGAAAUGUUAUCUAAUUUUAAAAGAAUCAAUAAUCAUUCAUCUAUGAAUCUAUUACAUAAUCAAUCUGAAAUUAAUGAAAAUAAUAAAACACUAGAAAUUAGAAAUCAAGAAAUAUUUCCUGAAACAUUUCAACAUUUCAAUGAUCCACAUAAAGAUGAUACUAAUUCUAAUGAAGAAAUGAAACCAAAUGAUUCAAUUGAAAUGGUACCUAUGGAAAAAAUGGAUCAUUUAACUAAUAAUUUAAAACAACAUUUACAUAAUACAACAAUAAAUACAAAUAAACAAAUGAAUAAUAAUAAUAAUAAUAAAAUAUUACCAUCUAAUAAUUUAGUGGAUCAAUCUAUAGAAAAUGAUCAAAUUUCUAUCAUAAAUAAUCAUUUAUCAAAUAUAGUAACUCAUUCAAAUGAUCCUAUUCAAUCAGCUUAUAAAACAUUACUGACAAAUAAUACAUUAAAAUUACCUAUAAAUAAUCUUACAUUCAAUUCAAUGAAUCAUAUGAAUCCAGCCUAUUCAACUUGUAAUAUUGAUCAUAAUGAUUCUAUUAAUAAUUGUAUAGAUACAAUUGAUUUUAAUAAACAAAUCAUACAUAGUAUCCAUGAAGAAAAAGAAAAAUCUUUACAAUUUCCUUCAUUUUUCACUAAUUUAAAUGAGAAUAAUAAUCAAAUAUAUUCAAGAAUUUCAUCUAAUGAUCUAUCUAUGAUUAAUACGAAUUCACCUCCGUCUUCAUCCCAAUCAGUUGACUAUAUUAAUUCUAACCAGUCAGUUGAUAUUAAUUCAUCUGAAAAUGUUACCUCAUCAAUGUUGACUAAUACUACCACUUCAACAUCUUCAUCGUGUGAUCCUGUAACGGCAGCGGCCGCCGCUGCUGCUUUAGUUAACGUCUUAGGAUUUCCAAUUCCAUACAGUUGGUCACCGAAAACAUUAACUGACAUGCAAGAUGCUUAUGGAUUACUAUCAAAUCCAUAUUAUCAUUGGCCGUGGAAACUUCUUAAUUCUUCUUAUGCAUCAAAAUAUUCUGAUCAAAAUACACUUCUUCAAUCUAGUUCACUAGUCAAUAAUACUAUGAAUAUUAUAAAGCAAUUGAAUAAAGUAAACCCGGUCUCAACAUUGAAUUCUUGUUUGAAAUCAAAAUUUCCAUUUAAUGACGAAAUAAACAAAACAAUAUAAUGAUGUUUAACGAUACAACUUCUUUGUCAACACAAGCAAUGUCAUCAGAUGAACAGGUGGAAGCUAUACCUUUAAUAGUAAGACCUGACAGAAAAGUAAAUAAAUCUGGUUCAGUCAUAAAUAGUAAUAGUAUCAUGUAUACCAGCUGUUCAUCAAAUUUGACAACUAGUACUAGCGUAACAACGGCACCAAUAACAAAUGAGGGUAAUUCAUUUCACGGACCAAAUAUUAGUCGCAGAAGACGCACUAAAGUUACUGACACACGUCUAAGUCAUUCACGUGUUUCACGUUAUCCAAAUAAUGCAUUUUCGAAUUGUACAACGACGAAUUCUGUCAUGCACCAAAACAAUCGACAUUAUCAUAACCAACCAAUAUCACAACAACAGUCACUUCUUCAAUCAACUUCAGACAUUAUUGACUUGGGGCAGGCAUUAAAUUUGGUCACAUCAACUUCGACAUCUUUUGGAUUGAGUGUGAACCAAAUGCAAACUGAUGAUAAAGAAUCCUUACUUAUAAGCCAAAAUCUUUUACCGGGUAUAAAUCAGGCUAAAUAUCGCAACACUGUUAUUUCUACCGGUACUUCUACUUGUAGUAUUAUUAACAACACGAGUAAUUUAAAAUUAGAUGAUUUCUAUUCUGCUAAGUAUCGAUCAGAAAAUCAAAUUCAUAGUGGUGGUAGUAAUAAUAGUAGUCCA